GGGCUGCUGACGUUGGUUGUCCGUGUAUAUAAAAAGGACUCGCUGUAAUAUCUGAGUACCUGUCUUUUUGGUCUUCAACACCGAGUGUUCCCGUUCCUGCAAGAUGAAUAUGUUCAAGGUCACAGGGCUUCUUCUAGCGCUGUGCUGUCUGCAGUCGAUCUAUGGCGCCCCUGUUGAAGACAGCCAGGGAGGAUCCGAGCCCGAGGUGGAUCUUGAUACGGAGCAACAACUUGAAACCGGGAUGGAGAUUGUCAACAGCGCGAACGGACAUCGACAGAAAAGGGCUUUCUACUAUACCCGACCCUGGCCUGACAACAUCAUUCCAUAUCUGUUCUCACCAAAUGUCCCUGCAAGCCUUGAGAAACAAUGGCGGGGAUUCAUGACCACGCUCGAGAAGAACACCUGCAUCCGCUUCAAGGAAAAGGCCGAUAACUCUUCCACUGUUCCUGGCGCGGAUCAGACACAGGGAUGGGUUUACAUCUAUCACAGUGGCGUAUGCUCUGCACACAUUGGGUACAGCUCAAAAGGAAGAUCGCUGUCACCAUGCAGUGGAGCUAUUACAUACGCCCAUGAAUUCGGACAUAUGCUUGGCUUGGUACAUGAACUGAACAUCAACGUACGACAGGAAUACAUCAACGCUAACCUGGACAAUGCUGGGGAAUUUUACCGGCCCGCGCAGGAGCUGGCAUCAGACGUGGACCAGCAGAAAUACAAGAGCUGUGGUUUCUCCUCCCAGUCCAUAAUGAUGUACAACAACUACCUCAUAUCGAAGUACGGAUGGCCGACUUACACUUACCUGUAUCCUGGGGCUGCACGACCAUCGGUCAUCAGUCAGUUUCUGUUCUUCAAGGAGAUCAGCAUCAAUCACCAGUGCUGCGCCGAGACGAGCUGCGACAGCAUCACCUGUGCAAACGAGGGAUACAUGGGGAAAUUCCAGGACAAAUGCCAGUGUGUGUGUCCCCCUGGAUUGGAUAGCCGCACCAACUGUACCACAGCCCUUAACUCAAGAUACCCAGUGGCAGACUGGCCCACUCCGGUGUCCUAUCUCGCCCCAGAAGAGGGCUGUCCGCCAUCGGGCUUCGUGGUGGGGACACGCGUCGCCAACAGCCAGGGGAACAUCACAUACUCAUCCCCCAACACUCUGGCCGGUGCCCAGUCCCCCGGUGCCCUCAAGCUCGAUUUCUGCACCAACAUCGGCAACAGCUACACCGGCAAAUGGACGCCAGGAAGCAUGUGCUUCUACAACCCAGGAAUCGAGUGCUCCGAUUACGGAUUCAGCGACGCCUACUACCAAGUGAACGAGGCCAGCACUCAAGAUCUGUGUGACGACCCCGAUACCAACUGCGGCCUCCCUGCAGGGGAGUUCGGGGAAGAUGCCGUUUACCAGUUCUGUUGCCGUGACGACAGGUUCCCCGGCGACAAACUGUCCCUCCCUAAUGACUUCCCCUUCACGCUGUUGAAAACACAGAACAAGGACUGCGAACAAGUUGCAGGUAUGAACGUCCAGAGCGAGCAUUUCACCUUUGUCCAAGAUGGACCCUCCGAGUUCAACUUCGGCGACACCCUACCGUCAUUCACAGAGUCCAGUGACAACAGCCUCAAGCUUGACUACUGCCGAUAUGAACCAGUUGAUUACAGCUGUGGAGGUGUUAUCGACCUGAGCGAGACCCACGCGGAGGAAGUGUUCACCUCGCCCAGCUACCCAGACGCAUACGGCAAAAACAAGGAGUGCAACUGGGUGUUUAAGGCUCCCGAGGGAUCAAGGGUUCUCCUUGAAUGCGAUAACAUCGACAUCGGCUGUGAUGCGUCUUUCAAGAUCAGCAAGAACAUGCUUGGGGAAGGCAACGUGGACCCAAUCUACGCGAAUGGAAACCAGAUGUCGCCGUUGUUGUCCAUCGCCAACAAACUGAGGGUGACCUUCAGUACCGGGAUUCAGUCUUGCUCCUUCACCGGGUUCCAGUGUACAGCCAAGCUAGCCUCAUCCAACCAGUUGCCACACUCUCUGGCGAACAGAGGCGAAGACUAUUGCGGACAAAUGAGCUAUGCUGUUAAUGAGGAGGGUUUCUCGCGGUGCUUGCCCUGGUCGGACGUGUUUGAAGCCGAUCCCGAGUUUUUUGCGCCACAAGCUUCAACACAGAAUCACAUCUGUGGCUUUGACUCGAACUACUGUCGAAAUGUGAGGGGACUCAAACUCAUGCCCUACUGUGCCACUUCCGUACACUUGGGAAACGUGACCUUCACCUACUGUGACGUUGGGCAAUUCAUCAAACCCUUCAACGUCUUCGACGAUUGCGAGACAGCCCUCAUCCUCGACCAGACAUGUAGCGACCCCGAAACGUGUAGAACGUGCUUCAAGGCGUGCGCUGACGCGGGUCUCAUCUCAGACUACCCUACUGCGGAAGCCGCCGCACCAGACGUGUCAUGCGGUGACCCAACGUUGCCAGCAGGGACGACCAACCUCAAUGUCAACCCCGCCGGUUAUAAUGUUGGAGAAAGCAUCACCGUCAAAUGCAACUCCGGUGACAACGCCGUGCAGUUCGUGUGCUUGUCGAAUGGACAAUGGUCAACCCAGGAUAAUUUCUGUUCAGGCUGCCCAGCUGGUUUCAUUGAGCGGAGCGGCAACUGCUACAAGUUCCCAGCAGGAACGUUCAAAGGCCGCGCUGCAAGGGAUGAGUGCGCUAAAGACGAGAACGCAAACAGUGUUCUUGUGUAUCCCGAGAGCGAGGACGAACUCAAUAACAUUAUUGUCGACUUGAGAGACAAUGUUCUGGGACUUAGCAGUGCUAAAGUUUGGUUUGGGAUGACCCCUAGCGGAUCAGGAUGGGUCAGUGACUUCGAUGGAUCAUCUGUAGUGGGCACAUACCUGUGGAAAAACGGAAAUGCUAACGGUAUCUCUGGAAACCCCGCGACCAACAUGGCAUGGCUGUUGCCAGGUCACCACAGAUAUGCCAACAAGCUGGCGAAGACGAACCUCAACAAACACGCUGCGUAUGCUUUGUGCAAGCUACCAAUGGCAGGAGGGUCUGGGUCAUGUAGUGACAAGAAGGGCGACUGUGCGACAAUUCUCAGCGGCAAUCCUAACCUGGGUUACAGCGCAAGUUUUGCCAAGGAAUUCUGCGAAAAGACUUCCGGGAACUGUGCACCAGGAACGUGCACCGUCCCCACUCCCCCUGCUGGGGUUUUGGCGGACGCCACCAGCGUGGAAACCGGCAAGGUCGUCAAUUACGAAUGCGAUUCCGGGUAUGUCUACCAGAGCGGAAAUAGAAUCCGUGCCUGCCAACAAGAUGGGACUCUUACCGGAACUGACAUCAUAUGCGAAGAUGGCGCCACAGCUCCAAGGCAGAUGAACUACUACGAGCUAACAGACAGCCGCCAAGCUACGGGAGAAAAUCAAAUAUUGGCUGGACCUUCACCAUACUUGAGUGUACCCGUGGAUUCGUCAGUGAAAGCAUGCCGAGCUUAUUGCAGAAACGACGGCGCAUUGAACAUCCAGUUCUGGAGUUCAACCGGAAGUCCAAAUGAAUUUACCCUGAGGGCGACGGAACAAGUCGAGUGCUUGGCGGGACGGGCAAUGACGUGGACGUUCGACACGCCCCUGAGCGCCAAGGCCGGGGACUUCGUUGGCGUACAAGACAAAAUUGGCAACCUUGUGUCUAUGCACCCGUGCACAGGAACGACGAAGUUGUUGACUGUCAACAACGUCAUGAGAAGCAAGUCGACAUCGGACGACCCUGCCGUCGGCGAUACCGUGACCUUCGGCGGAGCGACAUGCGUCACGCUUCGUAUUGACUGCUUCUAUGUUCCUGAUGCCCACACGGGGGGCGACGUACCGGUGACGUUCCGCAACUAAGAUGGAAUUUCCAGCUACGCAUUCCUAUUUAUAACAUGCGUGUAUAUUCAUUAUAUAACACGAUCAACCAUCAGGGUUGACAGCUGCCGUGUCCACGUCAAAUGUAGAACAUGCAUGAUCCCUUAAUAAACAAUCAGCAAUCUA